AUGCUUACUACACUGCUUCUGCUUCUCUGCCUUGCAGGAAAUAUGUUUGCCAAAGAGCCGCCAGAUGUGGACUGUUUGGUGAUGCAUAUGAAGUAUGUUCACUGUUCCUGGGAUGAGCAGGGGACUCCAGAGAUCAAUUACACCUUCUAUGGCUGGUUCCACAAUGACAAAGAAAUCAAUGAGUGCCCAAACUACCUGUCAGAGAACAACACAAACACUGGAUGUAACCAGCCUUUUGACCCACUCCAAAGGUUCACCACAUUUUACACCAAACUGGUACACGGACAUGACACCCAUCAGAAGGAGCAUCUUCUUAAAACAAAAGUCAGGUUAAACCCACCAAAAAAUUUGACCAUCAAGCGGUCUGAUCUGUGCCUCACCUGGAGCCAAGAUUAUUCUAACUGUAUGGAGAGUGAAGCUCGCUAUAGGAUCAACAACAGCAAGUGGACGACCUCUUCUCUCAGUGUUGGGACGCGGAAUUACUGCAUCAACUCGCCCUCCUGCAACUCCUUGGUUGAGCUGCAAGUGCGGAGCAAAAUUGGGUAUGCCUGUGGAGAGUCCAUAUUUUGGAGUGAAUGGAGUGAGCCUGUGUUCUGGGGAUCCAAAAUCAGCACAGUGUAUCCAAAGAUCCUAAAUAGCUCUAAGUGUGAGCUUCAGUCGGACAUCCUGACCUGUGUGUGUAUCAGUGAGGGUUUUCCUUUACCCACCAUCAAAUGGCCGCUGUUGGAGAACCACACUGAGUACUGUGUUACGACCACUGUGUCAAACCACACAGUCAACAGCACCCUCACCCUAACUGUAGAGGACCCCAAUAACACUGUUGUUGAGUGUGUCAGCAGCAUUGAUAGAGGGGAAGCAAAAGAAAACCUCACCAUCAUAACUUUAGACAGGGGAGAAGGAAAUAAACAUGGACCAUAUGCAGUUCUUCUCUGGACUCUCGUCACUGCUGUAUCUCUCAUUGUGAAUGUUUUCUGUAUAAUCCUCUUGAUUUUCCAUUGGAACACAGGAAAAAAGACAAAUUCAAACCAAGAGGACAGAACUUACAUGUCACUAAAGAGAACAGGCCAAUCCCCAGAGUAUGAUGUUAUUUCCCAACCUCGGAACUAACAAGUUUCUUCUUCCACUGAGUGAAGUACGACAAGAAAAUUAUGCUCCUAUAUACUGAUUUGAUAAAUGUGUAGGAUUUAAUAAGUGUGACAUUUCUUAAUAUUAUUUUCAAUGUUACUUCAACUUGUAUUUAGUAUUUUACAGUAUUAUCAUUUUUUACAUUUGGGGAUUCUAUAUUAACCCGAUUGAAGUCCUGUGAGCAUGUAUUACUCCAGUACAAUCACAGUUAUCUAUUUGAAAUGAAAUUAGUUGACUGAUAUUUUCAUAUUAUUUUAUCAUGACAAUGUUUAUGCAAUGUCAUUGUGGUUGCAACUGAAUCAUCAGCAAUGUGCCUGGAAUACAUUCUGUAAAACUGACCUAAUUAUUUUUGCAAUAUGCC